UUGCGUGAGAAAAACAAGGCCUUUGUUGGCGAAGAGAGUGAGAUAUCUCUUUGAAUGCGCUAACGCAACGUCGUAUUUUUUAAAUGACAGCUGUAGCUAUUUAUCUUCCGCACGAAAAGGCGAUAAAGGACUUGCCUUUGAAAUAAAGGAUUCAUGUUCUGCUCCUGAUCUGGGACGACGCACAUCGCAUGGCGCUUUGAGAAUCCACAGAAUUAUCACGAUCCGCAGGGAAGGAAGCAAUAAAGAUAUAAAUGAACAGUCAUUAGAGGUCAUGCAUUUUUAAUACGUGUCCUAUAUUGAGCACCCCAGCCAUUCUUUAUUGCCGCGCAGAAGAGAAGAGCUGUGUGUUGCGAGGAUGGACGGGCUGCAGAUAGAGAUGCCGCUCUCGUGUUACACCAGACCUCAGUCAAACGACCUUGAAUGUGUAACAACUGGAUCAGCCGUGGAGGCAGGCCAAAACCCAUCUACACGUGUCUGUGCUAUCAUUUAAAGAAGCAUGUUCACGUCAAUCUACAUGAUACAGAUGACAGACAGACAGAGACCUGGAAUCACACGAAGACACCGAGACUAAAUCCAGAAGAACUCCAAGAUUCCAGAUUUUCCAGAAUCAAAGGGAAGCGUAUGCGUUCGGCCGUGUUGUGUUGUUCAGAUGAUGUAGGCUAUAAAUCUCAAUUUCGCCAAAACAACAACCCCGAGCAGGAUCCAGGGUCGUGAUGUGAGUGAAACGAACGCGUUAGAGGUCCGUGUAAGGGGCGCGCUACUCGACCCGCUUAGUAAACGCUUUCAAACCACGCGCUCGGUACGACACCCAAGCACUGCGUCUCCCCAAAGGUUGACGAGGACACCCCCAAAAUCCACGACCGCCAGGACAGUAUCCAGCAGAAAGCGCUGCGGGGCUCUGACGUCACGGGAGCACCGCCGCCCUGCAGUGUCAGUGAUUUUAGUAACUAAAGCGCUCGCGGACGCGACGGCCCACCGACGCGCCGCCACUGCCGCUAUCGGACUCCACCGGACGCCAGGAGAAAACCGCCGAGUCAACGGGAGCACGCCGAAACGUUUCGGGAUUUGUGGUGCACGCCGAUCUCUCGCCGGUUCGCGCGCGUCUGCUGCCGUAUAGCGUCGGUCUCGCGCCGGACAGCGCUCGCUGCGACGGCUGGAUUUAAAACAGACAAAACAAGCCGAAGCGUCCCGGCCGGGCGCGAACGCAUAAUAUUUAGCGAGCGGAGCGUCAUUGCCUGGGUGGAGUUGCAGUGCAUCGCUCAAUUAUGCAUGAAGAAGCGGCAUCGGCUAGCGCGCUAGCGGCGCGAGCUAACCACUGUCCCGUAUUAUGACAGCGAUCUGCGUGCCUGCGGCGUUUGAUCAUCGCGCGUGGCGGUCAAGCGCGUUUGACUUUGAUGCUGGUGCUACACGCGAUGAUUUCCGGUAGAAAUUCACUUUUGCCAGUCAUUUCAUUGACAUGGCAAACGGUUAGCCAGGGCAGGCCUAGCUAGCCACAGUGUUAGCUAGUAAAAAAAAAAUCACUUCACUGGAUUAUAGACAGCGUGCGAGCCCUAACGCGUUGUUUUUAGUGGGUGCAUCCAGUGAGCGAAUAAUAAAGCGUGCUAUAGAUGCGCAGCGAGUAGCUGGUUAAUAAAUAGCCUGGUUGCCGCAGACUUGACAGGUUUUUAAUAUCUGAAAAAAGUGUCAGGCGUGCGCGUCUCACAAUGCGUUUUCUCAAGGCAAGUUCGGAUCGUGUCGCUGAAGCAAACGCUUGGGUAAUCGAGGCGCUGCCUCCGGCUAGCUAGCUCUCCGUGACUUUGCGAAGUAACAUGCCAGAUCUCGAGUGGAUUUUACGCUCUGAAUAAGCAGCCAGCGUUUGCAGCGCUUUAGCAGUCGUAGCUAGAUUCUCGCCGGCAAGAGAGGGGGGAUGCCCUAAACGCUCCAAACAUGUCCAGCAAAGCUUCGGGCAAAGAGAAGAAGUCCGGCUUCAGCAAGAAGCUCUUCCGCCGGGGCUCGGUGCGCUCCGUGGGGAGUUUCAUGAGCAGAGUCCUCAAGACUCUCUCCACGCUUUCUCAUUUCGGAUCGGAGCUGCACGCGCCCGAGGGCGACAAGGACGACGGGGGGUUCACAGCCUUCAAGAACGAGGGCAAGGGAUCCGUCGCGUCGGAUGACAGCGACUGCGGGGGGUUUCUUGCGAGGGACAAAAUCCCCGGGGUGGCCGGUUUGAAGAACCACGGCAAUACGUGCUUUAUGAACGCUAUUCUGCAGUGCCUGAGCAACACGGAGCUGUUCGCCGAGUACCUGGCGCUGGAGCAGUACCGAGGAGACCAGACGGACGACGAGAAGCCCAAGACCAACGGGGUCGUGCAGAGGAAGGGCGGCCAGGACAGAGGAGAGGUGACCGAGCAGCUGUCCGGGCUGGUCCGAGCCCUGUGGACCUUUGAGUACACGCCGCAGCACAGCCGCGACUUCAAAAAUGCUGUGGCCAGGAGUGCCAUGCAGUACCGGGGAAAUGCCCAACACGAUGCCCAGGAGUUUCUUCUCUGGCUUCUCGACCGUGUGCAUGAAGACCUCAACCAUCUUGUAAACCCUAACAUCAGAGCCACUAUAAAGCCUCCCGUUGAGGAAGACGAUGGAGCGUUAGAGGGGCCUUCACCUCCUCUUUCAGCUGGCUCAUUUGUUCAAGAGCUGUUUCAAGCUCAGUACAGAUCCUCGCUGACCUGUCCGCACUGUCAGAAACAGAGCAACACUUUUGAUCCUUUUCUUUGCAUCUCCCUCCCAAUACCAUUACCUCAUACACGGCCUCUGUAUGUGACCGUGGUUUAUCAAGGCAAGUACUCUCACUGCAUGAGGAUCGGUGUGGCCGUACCACUCAACAGCACUGUGUCCAGACUGAGAGAGGCCGUGUCACGUGAGACCAAGAUCCCACCAGACCAGUUUGUCCUGACUGAAAUGUAUUACGACGGUUUCCACCGCUCCUUUUGUGACGAUGACGACGAUCUUGAUAUCAUUCAAGAAAGUGACUCAAUCUUUGCUUUUGAAACUCCUGAGACUUUUAGAUUAGAAAACAUUCGCUCUAAAAGAGGGAGCCUUCUUGCUAAUCUGAAUCAGAACAAUUUGAAAUACGGAGCCGAGAGCAGCAGAACGCCGUCUUUCAUGCAGGGCGCAAUGAAUCCAGCUUCUCCCAACAAAAACACUGGAUGUGAGAAAAUGAUUCUGCUGAUCUGUAACCGAGCCUGCACUGGCCAUCAAGGACGGAGGUUUGGUCUUCCGUUUGUGUUAUAUCUAGAGCGCACUGUGACAUGGGAUGUGUUACAGAAAGAAAUUCUGGAGAAAAUGCGUCACCUACUCAGGCCAGGGGUUUACAUUCAGGUUGGACCCUUCAGUCUGCGUGUGGUCGGAGUGGUUGGAAUCACAUAUCUGUUGCCACAGGAGGAACAGCCACUAUGUCACCCCACUGUGGAAAGAGCAUAUAAAUCCUGUGGGCCAGGUGGACCUCCUCAUGUUAAGAUUGUUGUGGAGUGGGACAAAGAGACCAAGGAAUAUUUGUUUGGACACACUGAGGAAGAGUACAUCCCUGAUGCUGAGAGUGUGUAUCUGCACAGAGAGCAGCACCAUCAGCCGCAGGCCUGCACCCUCGCUCAGUGCUUCCAGCUCUACACCAAAGAGGAGCAGUUGGCCCCAGAUGAUGCUUGGCGCUGCCCCCAUUGCAGGCAACUGCAACAGGGGCGGAUCAAACUCAGCCUGUGGACCCUGCCGGAUGUUCUCAUACUGCACCUCAAGAGGUUUAGACAGGAGGGGGACAGGAGGGUAAAGAUGCAAAACAUGGUGCGAUUUCCUUUAAUUGGCAUGGAUAUGGCGCCUCAUGUGGUGAAGAGGAGCCAGAGCAGCUGGAGCUUACCCUCACACUGGUCUCCAUGGAGGCGACCUUAUGGACUUGGCCGUAACCCAGAUGACUACCUUUAUGACCUCUAUGCUGUGUGUAAUCAUCAUGGCAACAUGCAUGGAGGGCAUUACACAGCGUACUGUAAGAACUCCAUUGAUGGGCAGUGGUAUUGCUUUGAUGACAGUGAGGUUCAGCCUGUAGCUGAGGAAGAUGUCUGUCAGCAAACCGCAUACAUUCUGUUCUAUCAAAGGAGGACAACUAUUCCCUCAUGGUCGGCAAACAGCUCUGUCGCAGGCUCCACCAGCUCAUCUUUAUGUGAACACUGGGUUAACCGGCUCCCGGGCAGCAGGCCGCCCAGCCUGGCCUCUGGAGCCUCCUCGAGACGCACAUCCCUGAUCUCUUUGGCAGAGUCAGUGGAGUUUCCUGGUGAUCGCAGUGAAGAUGAUGCUUUAGCGCUUACUAACACAGGAUCUCCCGCCUUGCUCAGAGGAUUUUCAACGCGGCCCUUCGUGAGGAGCAUCCAGCGCCAGAGCUUGUCCUCCAGAUCGUCGGUUACCAGCCCUCUGGCUUUCAGUGAAAACGGGAUGAAACCUUCCUGGUCCCUGUCACAGAAACUACAAAUGAGAUCCAACUCCCCCUCGCGAUUCUCUUUGGACUCGCGAUCUUCGCCUCCUCUCGAGAGGAUAGGUGAAGCUUGUGAUGACAAAGUGUCCACGUCUUGCUUUGGCGGCUACAGCAGACAUGAGCGGCAGCCCAGCAGUAAGGCCCCGCUGGCCAUGAUGGAGGGUAAUGGCAGUGAUGACGGCAGUGGUAAACGAAUCUUAGAUGAGGCCUAUUGCAGAGCUCCAACACAGUCCGAUAGAAAAAGCUCUAAAGGCGAGACCGUUGACAACAACAACCAGAUUAACGCAGUGGACCAGAAUGCUCUCGGAGUGCUCGUCAAAGAGCAGAAGCAUAAGAGCUCCGGGUCGGAGAAGAAAGCAGAUGAGAAGAGCUCCAGCAAGAAGAGCUCCACCAAAACCAAGAGCGACCAAGAGAAGUCCUCCAAGAAGCGCCAGAGCUCCUCUUCUGUCACCAAGUCUCCAUCAUCCCAAGUGUCUUCCAGCCCUCAAGUGAAGGGCACCAAAGCGACCAAUCUAAAAGAGAAGAGCGAUUCUCCCAAGAGUACCAAGGGUACACCUUCAGGAACGCCCUCUAGAAGGAAAGAGUCUUUGCAGGCACAGGAGUCUGGAGGCACGAAGGGGAAACCGUCCCUUACUUCCACACCCCAGUCCUCCGCCUCUCCAUCACCCACAUCCAAAAAGAGCUCCUCGGUGGCUGAGAAGAACUCUGUGUCUGGCAAGAAGAAGCUGGUGGAGAGAGGCUCCAGCAAGGACUUGGCGCAUACCAGUCCCCUGGCAGAGAAGUCCAGAGUCAGUGCCACCCCUCGAACAUCCCAACCCAAGACUGCCGAGGCCAGCCGGCCUGAAAGGAGGCCAGUGAGAAGCUCCAGCAGUAGCUCCUCAGUCACCAGCCUGCGCUCCCCAAGCGUCUCCUCGAGAGACCUCCGGCGCAGCAGCAAAUCCGAGGACAAGGGACUCUCGUUCUUCAAGAGUGCGCUUCGGCAGAAAGAGACUCGGCGGUCAGCCGAUCUGGGCAAGGCCUCGAUUCUCGCCAAGAAGGCUGUCGAAAGGACUGCCAAGUCCAACAGCCAGUGCAGACUUGAUGCCGAUGAGGGCGAAGGCUCGGGAAAUUCUUCCCAGCAGGUCUCUCCGGAGCCACGUUCCUGCAAGGCUGCUGCCAAUGAGAAAGAGUCAUCAAAGACCUCCACCCCCAACAAACGCUCUCUCUUACCAGUAGGCAAGUCCAAGUCUUCCAAUUCUGAGACUAGCCUUCAGUCUCCCAUCAAUGGGAAGAGGCCUCUUGAAAAGAUCUCAUCCUCUAAAAAGCUUUCUUCCAGCAUGCAAUCCUCUGCACGGCCAACACAGACGCCUCAAUGAAAUUUUAAUAGCAGUUCCAUUAUUUUCUGUAAUGCAGCUAUUUUUUGAUGUGCCUAAGAAGAAUAUAAAGUAUAUAGUAUAUACCUGUAUUUUACUUUUCUCAAAGAAAAUAUGUCAAUUAUCAGAAAGCGCCUUUCUAUCCUGCCAUGGAACCAAAUCGUUGCCUCUGGCAAGGUAUGGUAUAUGAAUCUACUACUGUUCACGACUCUGAAUAGGAAUGUUUUAACUUAGCACUUUGUAUAUAUUUUUUCUCCCUCGAAUAAUGCUUAGAUGUAAUGGAUACUAUGUACAAUAAUUUUUAACUUGGUACCGUACCUUUUUAUUUGGACAAGUCACUUAUGAUGAAAUUAGAUUCUUGCGAUAUUCCUUGGAGUACUGUACCAAUUCACUCCACAUCUACACUUGGUGCUAUUUACAGUCCAGUGUUCCCCUGGCACUGAUACAGCAUGAGAUUGAGAAGAGUUACAUCACGAAACCUGGCUGAAUUUGCGUCUGUAGACUUGUAGAUGGGGUUUGGCAGAGUCGGAACAAUCUCUUUGGUACCUCUCAAAGCCUGCUCUCCUAUCCCGACUUUUUUCUUUUGUACUCGAGAGCAGUUACAAGUGUUCCAGUAGCAUUACUGCCCUUAGAAAUAUGCGCAACAAUGCCGACUACAGGCCGAUAGCUGAAUUGUUGCUGAAUGAAUGUGAUCUUUCAAAUGGUAAAUUAGUGGAGGACAAUCUUUAAACUCACAAUAUUUAGUUUAUUCCAGCAAAACGCUGUGUGAUCUGGAUAAUAAUAGAGGCCGUGUAAGCCCUGCAUGAAUUUGUUUUGUAUAUCUUUGUUUUUAUAAUGAACGUUUAAAAGCCACAUAAUCAUACUUGAACCAUUUCAUGCCCGCCAAGUCUGAUGCCAACAUAUACGAGCGGUUUUCAUUUGGCUUGCUCCGAGCUGGGGUUAAACCCUUGCGCGACGGUUUUUAUCUCCCAUAUUUAUCUGUGGACAACCAGUGCAAUAGUUUUCAACACUUUGUAGGGGAACAGGUAUAUGACCUUCUGUGUUUGGGAAACAUGUUGAACAUAAUGUUGCUGUUAUAGAAACGAAUUAUUUUAAAUAUCGAUACUGUGCAUAUGCAAUAGCGAUAAAACCAUUUAAUCAAUGUAAAUCAGAAUUUAUUUUCAGGAUUAAUGGCUCACCACAAUAUGGGUUUCAUAUUUUUAUUUUUAUUUUUAUUUUUGUGAUUUAAUAUCCAAUUGAAAACUCGUCAACACCAUCGACUUCACUUAAAUAUAUUUUCUUCUCGAUUUAGCUCUGACAAGUUCAUUUGGACUAAUACAAAAUGUUAUGUAUGACAGGAGAAAUGUAAGGUUAAGCAAGUCAUUAUUGUAACAUUUGCAUAAUAGUGUCAUUACGUUGGCCGCUGUUCAGCUUGCUGCCCUGUAAUUAAAACAUUAAUCCAAGCGCUGCUGACGCCACCGUUGAACCGUUCUCAUUUUCAUGCUCCUUUUCGGUCUCAGAAACCCAUCUCUUUCAGCACACUUUAUCUUAAAAUAGAUAAUUCAACAAUGAACCUAAUGUGUAGCACGCUUCUUAUUUUUUGCGACAGGCCCAUUUUGUGUGUGCACUGAAAAAGUAUUUGUAAAAAGCAGUAUUGCAUGAUAACAUUAACGCAUGCACUUAACUAUGCAAGUAACUGUUGCUAAACAAGAGGAGUCUGGUUAUUAAUGUCUGAAUUUUUAUUUUUUAAAGAAAACAGCAUGAAUUGUUUCCAUUUUCUUGCUUUUUUGCACACUUGUCUAACUUUUAAGUUUUUAAAUAUUGUGAUAUGAGAACAUAAAUUAUUAGCUUUAACCAUAUGUAAUCCAGAAUUAGCAAUCUGCGUUGUAUUUUCGUCCUUUUUUUUAAUAAUUAAAACUAUUAUUUUAAUUCAUAAGCUGUUUUUUAAGGUAAGAGCUCCCUGUUUCCAUGUGAUAAAUUUACUUUUUAUAUUUUUAUAGUUGCAGCCUGUUUUGGUUUUUCACAUUUCGCUGGCGUGAUGUGGUCUGCUCAUGCUUUCACAUGUAGUUUGUAGGGAAUGUUGUAUAUUAUAUCAGCUAUGUAACUUUACUGUCAGCGUUCAAUCAGUGCACACAAGUCCCGCAUCGCUUGCAAUGCUGAUACACUAAACACUACAUUCACUUUGUUUUUCAUGUCAUUCCAUGUUUUAAGUUGUGAAGUUCUCGGACCAUGAAUUCAGAGAAGUGCUAUUACCCUCUUUAUAGUCUUACUGCAUAUGGGAUGUUUUCAAUGGCUCAAGUGCUAAUAUGACAUGGUCUUAUCAAGCGUUUGGAUAGGACGGAUGAUUUUAUCAUUAUAACGAAGCUGUAUCAGUCUUAUGGUAUAAUAUGCGUUCUCUUGGUUUACACACUGGACUUGAAUGAUUUCUUUCGGCCCAGAGCAGUUUUCAAGUAUUGUUCACGAACUGGUACCUGCUUUGGUGGGCUAAUAAACUGGGCUUUCAUUUUAUUAUAUGAACAACAGUCUAGGUCAACCAAAAGAGGAAAAUAAUAUUUGGUUAGAAAAAGUGAAAACCAUGUAAAUGUUUGGUUGCAUGAGACUGCGUCAAAUGCUUUUUUUGUUAAUUUAUUUGUACGUUUUAUGUGUAUGCACUUUUUUUAUUAUUUUGAAUGUUUUUUUUUUAUUAUUAUUUUAAAGAAUGCAUUUCUUUGAAGAAUCAUUUGUAUUCAUAACAUUGUCUCCCCAAUGUAAGUUGGCGGUUGAAUUAUGAUUAAAAAAAUAGACCUGCAUUAGAGGUCUAACCUCAAAA